AUGGAAGUCCAGUGGGACAGCGAAACAGAAACAAAAUUUUACAAUUAUUUAUGUGAGACGAUUAAUUAUGAGAACUGUAUAGAGUUAGAAAAGGAUAUGAGAAUAGAAACAGGGACAGGAGAAAAAUUAAAUAUAAACUGUAACUCAUGUAAUAAUGAUCAUAAUAAUGUUAAUAUAAGUUGUUACAAGUUUAAAAAAGAUGACGAUGAUAUAUUAGGAGAGAUAUUAGACAAUGAAAAAAAUAAAGAAAGUGUAAAAAAGUCUAUAGCUGCAAUAACAAAAAAAGCGUUUUCUAUUUAUACAAACGUAGUAGCUAAGGCAGAAUCUAAAGGAGAAAACAAAAUAACCCAAGAAAUAGAUCAUUUUUUAAGAACUGAUAUUUUUAGACUUGUUUUUAGUAAAUAUAUAAUAUCAAAGGUGAAGUCUAAAAUUGCAGAAAUAAAUUCAAAAAACACGAAAAAUAUCGUUUCUUUAGCAAAUCCUUUGAAUAUAAAUGAACAUGAUUUAAAUAAAAUAAACUCAGAUACUAUUGCAAAUUUGAUGAAUAACUAUGUGGGGAUACAAAAAAAUUUCCUAGGUAAAGAUUACGCGAAACUAAUCUAUGAUGAAUUAAUAUUUAUUGAAUAUAAUAACCAGUUUAAUGAAUUUGGUAGGGAAUAUAAAAAUGUGAGAACUGAUUUUUAUUGUUGGGCUUAUAUUAGUAGCUUGGAUAGAGAGAAACAAAAGGGAUUAUAUAAAUUACUAAAAGAGUUAUCUUUAAUUCCUUAUGAAUUAAACAAAAAAACAAAUUUGUCUUUACAAAUAAGCACAUUAUUUCAAUUUUUAUAUUUCUCUCCUAACAAAUCAUAUUUAAAAAAGCAUUACCACGGUGGCUAUGGUAAAUUAGAUAACGGAAAAAAAAUUACGUGUUUGUAUAUUCCUCUAGUAAAUUCAGAUGAUGACAUAGAAAUUAAAUUAUAUAAAAAUAAAUAUGAUGAUUUAAAUACACAGGAUAAAUCAGAGAUCCAUGAUAAUAAUAGCGCAGUGUCAAAUGAAAAGGAUAUCCCAUUUCAGGUGAUAAUACCUGAAAAAGACUCGCUCAUUUUUUUGCAAACGAGAAAUGUUUCUUAUGAGAUUGUGAAAACGAAGAAUAAGUUUUUCAUCGUAAACCUUUCAAUUUCUGGGCCAGUUUCCAUGGAUCGGCACUUAUAA